GGGAGGGAUUUGCAGCCCUUUACAUUAAAUGAAAACCUCUGAGCACCUCCUCCGUACUGCCACCAGAUGGAGCUAUAACCUUUCAUGCACGCAGACGUUCAGCUGGCGCUACAUGCCCAGUUUGUAUUUAACAAAUGAAUCGAAACAAAUAAACCGCAUGCAUAACAGUGGAGUUACUUUAUAUGGCUGGAGACUGCGGGUUCCCUCCUUUUGAGCUGGGUGGUGGUAACUCCUGACUGAAAUCAGGUAUCGGACCCCGUCUUUUUCACCGAACAUCCUACUUUUGCAGCCAUCGGGUCUCUCCCAGCAAGUCGCUCGUUUAGUGUCUAAGUGCCCAUAACGUGAUGCGUGUGUCUGUGCGGGCGGCUCAAUGGCCUCACUCCUCCGGGGUCAUGGGUUCGAAUCCCUCCUCCACGUUGUAUGUUUGUUGGUAGCGGCUAGUGGCUAAAAAGGUGGAGGUAAGGUUGUGUCUGUGUGUCUAUGGGAGUGAGUGUGUGUAUGUGUCUGGUAUAUAUAUGUCUGUGCAUAUGUGUCUGUGAACAUAUAUGUGUGUCUGUGUGAGUGUGUGUGUGUGUGAGAGAGAGAGAGUCUCUGUAUAUAUGGUUGUUUGUGUGUGUGUGUCCUGCUCUGGGAGAAGCACCAAGAAACAGCCAGGAUAUGCAGUUAAGAUGGAUGGAUGAUAUUAUAAAUUACUUCUGUUUAUAAAUGUACAAUUAGCUCCUGUGCUGUUAAUUAUUGAGUAAGUCUGAUGUGAGUAGAUUUUACAUUUAGCCUGUUAUUGUUAACAGAUCACAAAUGGUUGGAAAUCACAUCAUACUUUGUCACAAAUCGUUGUUUCCCCCCUACAAUGACAUCAGGUUUAAAUAAAGUAAGUUGGUGGACUUACACCCCAGUGAGUCAUUCCAGCACAGCGUCCCAUCAAUGUUUCAUCGCAUUUCAGCACGAGGCCGGAAUGCGUCCUCGAGGAGCAUCCAUUGUGCUCCAUUCGUGUUGCAUUGUGCGCGUGUAUUUCAGGAAACAAUGGCAUGUUCUAAACCACAGGAUGCCGUUGGACGGCCUGGUGUUCGGCCUCUGGGAGGCUGACAGGAAUGCAACACGGCCGAUAGGAUCGGUGCCCGGAAAACGUAACGUGGCCCUCUAAAUAAGCAGGCGGCCGGGGGCUCUCGGAAUGCGCGCCAAGGAACCUGCAGAGGACAAAUGGGCGUGGAGGCUGGUGUAUGGGAGGCUCCGCCCAAAAAUGACAUGGCAACGGGCUCCUCUGGCCAGCAGAUAUGGUAAUGUGAGAUAACAGUCCUGUGAAAGUGAGGCUUUCAUCCGGCCACCAGACCGGUGAGAGGAAGGAAAGGUCCGUCAAACAUUCUCACAUGAAAACAAAACUAACACGAGGCAUUUUCCGAUGCUUUCUGUGCUUGCUGAAGAAACACACGUCCCAUUGUAUCGCAGAUACAGGAAGACGGCCUGUAAAAAUAGAUUUUAUCAUGGAUGUACUUUGAGUUUCCGGGAAGUUCAGCCUUUGAAAGUAAUAUAAGGAUUCACACCCUCUGACAGGCGUCCUUUCGGAAGCAGGGAUACCCGCUCGCGUGAUAUAAUCUCACUCCAAGCACCGAAUUGGCUUCAGUCGCUCCAGAAAGGUGUUAUAACAAGCAGAAUCUGCCCGGCGCUGCUCCUACGCCUGCCGAUCGCUCAGAAGCCCAACCCCUGGCUUCGGAUGCUGACGCUGGGGUCCCCGUGACGACGAGAUGGGGCCCGCCUUCCACAUCCUUCUGAUAUUGUGCACAGCCGGAGCACUGGCCGAGGUUCAGCUGGAGCCCCAGAUGGCCACAGUCCUCAGAGGGGCCAAUGCUACCUUCAACUGCAGUGUGGACCAGCAGUGGGUGGUAAUGAGCUGGCUGCUGAAUGGCAAUGUGGUGUUGACCGUGACCAAGGACCAUGGAAUCCUGUCCAACGACCCGCGCUUCACCGCACUCAACUACAGCACCGGCACACUCUCGAUCUGGGAGAUCAAUAUCCUGGGUGUGAAGCGCACUGACACAGGACAGGUUACCUGUGACGUGCAGAACAUCCAGAAAGUAAAUGCCCAGCUGUCCAUACAAGUAAGUGGGACAGUGGACAUCCCGGACAUGAACAAGACCGCGACACAAGGAGACCUGGCCUACUUCCAGUGCAGUGCCCUAGGAUGGUACCCUGCACCCACUAUAUCCUGGACUGUAGGGGGCAGCAUAGCCGAUGCGGACAUGUACAACAUCAGUACCCUGCCGGCCGGACAGGACCUCUUCAAUUCCACGAGCACGCUGGGUAUCGUCGCCAGCAACAGCAUCAUCGUGAGGUGCCUGGCUGCAGUGCCCGCCCUGACCACUCCUCUGACGAGCAGUGCCUUCCUCACUGUCGUGGCCCGACCGCAGCAGAUAAACCUGACCGUGCUCAUCGCCGUCACCGUCACCGUGGGCGUCGUCUUGCUGCUGGUCAUCGUCAUCGUCAUCGUUGUCUGCUGCUACUGCCAAAGGAAGAAUUCCACACAUUCCAGAUACGAAGAGGAUAUGAGGAAGGCACAGGGGGGCAGGGGGCAGGGGGCAGACAACCUGGGCUACGCCACGGACAGCCACGCGGGUGCCGCCAAUGGCCGGCUCAAUGACAGCGUCAUGUCCCAGCCUGCGUCCAUCAACGGCCACCAGAUUCCAAACGCAGUCGGUGUCCAUGAUGUUGACAGUCCCGGCACCCUGUACACACAGCACAGCGGCAUGAAGAAAGCUCGGUACGCCACCAUCGUGUGACCCGGCCCACCGGCGCGAGGGCGCCCCCCACCUGGAAGAGGCAUCAGAGGGCACCCGGUACCGUCCUACUGUAGACUGGCACCACAGAUGCGGAGAAGAAUGGAGGUGAAGUGCCCUCCUGCUGUACGAGCGACAUCGGUGGGGUGAAGGAGUUCAUCAUGAACAUUCAGUGCGAUUUGGAGAAUCCCCAGGGAGAAUACUGUAACAAGUACUUUAUUUUUAUAUAUUUUUUAAAACCCUAUUUUAUUAAAAUGAAUCUCUCUAAUUGCUUUUGUUAUUUAAGAACAAAGUGUGACAUUUUUCCUGAUAAGCAUUUAAUUAUAAUGGUAUUUCACCAUUCCGCUUUGUGGUUUUUAUUUUUUAAUUUGUUUCACCUUUGUACCGUCGUAACCGCGGCGCGCUCUGCACGGGCAUGGCACACGCCGUCCGGCUGACGCCCUGCCUUGCGGAAUUGCACAGCGGCUCCGUUUCCGGUGCCCUGUCCUCCUUCUCGCCGGAGACGCUUCCGUUAGCAGAUCAGUGAAGAUGACAGCAAACCAGGAUCGUUUACAGCCACUUGAGCGCAGCAGUACGAGCGGCGAAGGAAGAACAGUCCAUCCAUGUGCCUCUAAUUGUGUGACGCUGGCUCAGGAUCAGGCCCCCACCACAGGGUGUUUACCAAGUUUGGGGGCCCCCUGCUGGCCAUGAACAGUCACUACACCACAUAUAAAACAAACAUUCUUUAGUGGAUGCUGAAACAGCAUGUUCUGCUAACUAGCUAGCUAUGAUCUGUUGAUGGUACUCGCUAGCCAUUCAUUUAUUAUUUGAGAACAUCUGGUGGAGGAGGCGUGUCCAAAGUGACUUUCUGAGCAGGGUGCCUCUGCUGCGGGCCCGCAGCAAGCCUCCAGCACACCAGGUUUUGUGUGAAGGUCCUUCUCUCUGGUUCCCGCGCCUCCAGGCCCCGGAUCUGCUGUGGUGCCCCAGGAUGCGGAGAACAUCACCCACCAAAGUGUAACCAAGGCCAGGUAACAUCUGAUCAGCUCUGUAGAGAGAGAGAGAGAGACGCCGGUCUCUUUAAAGACCCACAAUG